UAUUACAACAGCAGGUCUUAUUUCACACCCACCUGGAUUAAAGACCCAGAAGCAGAAGAUUUUGAAUAUGCUGAUAUUCUUGAAGGAGGCAUAACAGCUUUACACUUACCCACAGAGACUGAGGCAAGGUGUGACAUUCGAAAAGGGCAAUAUUUCCAGGAG